AUGGGCGGCAGACUGCAAGGGUAUGUGGACACUUUGAAUUGCUGGUCUCCUGCUUUUGUAGGGGAAACUGCAUCACAGAACUGUCCCAAUUUCUUCAAAUCAGAAGGUAAAGUGUCCCGGAACUGCACAGACACGGGCUGGACGGACCCAUUCCCUCCUUACGAGCAUGCAUGUUUCAACGAAACCUUACACUUACUUGGAGAGUCACAUGACUCCCACAUGUACUUCCUCUACGUGAAGACAAUGUACACAGCAGGCUACGCUCUCUCUCUAAUCUCUCUCACCAUCGCCAUCACCAUCCUCUGUCUCUUUAGGAAACUGCACUGCACCAGAAACUACAUCCACAUCCAACUCUUCGUUUCCUUCAUCCUGCGUGCCACCUUCAUCUUCAUCAAAGACUCUGUGCUCUUCACCGAUGAAGACUUCUACCACUGUGACGACUACCCAGUGGUGUGUAAGUUAGUGGUGAUGUUCUCCAACUACUGCAUCAUGGCUAACUACAGCUGGCUGCUGGUGGAGGGACACUACCUCCACACCCUGGUCAGCCUCUCCUUCUUCUCCAAGAAGAAACACCUUUGGUGGUACAUCAUCCUGGGCUGGGGUUUGCCAAUGAUUGUCAUUGUAUCCUGGGGCUUGGCAAAAUACUUCUAUGAGGAUGAAGGCUGCUGGGAGACAAGGGUACAUGACUGGGUUUGGUGGAUUCUCAGAUUACCAGUCCUACUCUUCAUAAUCAUUAAUUUGGUAUUUUUUCUGAGUAUCAUAAGAAUUCUGGUGGGGAAACUGCGGAUGCCAGACAUGCAUGGAAAUGAAUUCAGCCAAUACAAGAGACUUACCAAAUCGACUUUUCUUUUGGUGACCCUCUUUGGUUUGUACUACAUCCUCUUUGCCUUCUUACCCAUCAAAGUCAGUGGUUUAACUUACAAAAUAUGGACCUUUGUUGAGCUGGCUCUUGCAUCAACACAGGGCUUUGGAGUUGCUGUUCUUUACUGUUUUCUAAAUGGGGAGGUACAGUACGAGGUACAGAGGAGAUGGCGCAGGUGGAGGCUGAAGCAGCAUCUACACGGGGAGCCCAGACAGCAUGGUUCCAUGAGCCAAAGCGUCUCUCCCCUUACCCAGGUCUCCUUGCUUCCCUGUUCCGGACCGGCCAGCCUGGCAUGACCUUUGACCCCCCUCUCAACCCACAAAAUCACUGGUGAUCUCCUAGACAUACCGGUUAAAAACGCUUACACAGAUGACUCUCUCAAGACAUCAAAUUAACUUAAGUUCUGGAACUUUCUUGAACUUGAGGAAUGGUCCACAGAAUCACUUGGCCACUCUUGAAGACUUGGACAUGGCAUGGGAAACAGCACUGUACUGUGAUUUUGUGCCAUUCCCUCAAGCUCAAGCAACAUUUCUAGGACUAUGGACAGUGGACUGGGCCUGAAGAUCUAAGACAUUUGGGUUCAGUGGAAAUCCUAAGAAACGGGAACAUAUUCAAAAAGCGGAAGUAGGACUCAGAUCUUCAUCAUCAACAUGUGAAAGAGAAAUCCUGGAAAGAGGUCUGGUUAUGACCAGCCUUUUGUCCAGAGAAUUUAUCAACAUGAUUGAAAAUUCUUACUUUUUAUUAUACUUUGAAGACAGAUCUUUUAAGAAACAUAAUUUACUGUUCUUUUGCAUCAAUGUACUGUAUUUUCCAAAAAUUUGACAUUUUCUGAAAAAUACCAAGAUCAAGGGCUGCACUUUUUCCAACAGGAUAACAACAAAUUGCUGGUGAGUGAUCUAAAACUGUGAUCUU